GACGCCUGCAGACAUUUGGGCUUUUCAAAAAUCGUUUUCUAAGUUUAAUCGCGUGUUUAUAUUGAACUUUUUCGCAUAUUAUGGUGCAUUGUGUGUCUAAUUAACCUUUUAUUGUGGUUUUUGGACGUUUCGUUGGAUAAAAUGUGAGUAUAUUGUGAGGACAUUGCAGAGGUGCGCCACGGCUAGGGAAAUGAUUUGGGGCUUUCGUUCGCUCGACGCACACGCACCGUCAGCUGGUAGGUGGCGUUAGGUGUCAUUCGCGACCUAAGGCCACCAAAACAUGACUUUUUCAUGACUUUCCGGCGCGAUUUUCUCCCCAACGAACAAUGUUAGAAAUGUGUCCACUAGAGGCGUAUUAUGGCUCAAUGUCGUUCUAACACAAAGUUGAAGGAUUCCUUGCGGCUGAGAAGUGGAACUAGCUCUGUGAAGGACGACAGCGGCUACGACCCAAGCCCUGAGGAGCCCCUGGCUGACAGCGCCUUGCCAGAGUCAGACGGAGAAGAACACAAGUCCCGGCCCACCUCGACUAUCACUCUCAGGUCUAAAUCCAGAGCUGACAGCCAGUCUGUACCUGAUGUCGGAAGUACGGGAUCGUCUCCCACCACACAUUCCAAUAUGAAAACUAAGCAGGCUAAAGAUGAGCUGGACAAGAGCAUUGAUGAGGAAACUACUAUAGAACCCAAGACCCGACAGGCCAAGAAGAAGGCCUCCGAUAUCAGCGAAGAGAACAAAACCAGCCAAGAUGAACCCAAGACAUCCAAAGAAUCUAAGAAAAAUUUGAAACCUAAAGCUGUUGUCAAGAAACGACCGCUGGGGAUUCGGAAAGCCUUGAGAAGCAAAAAAGUUAUCACUACAGCUAAAAGUAAACUCAAGAAUGUUAUAAAGCAGACCGUCACUAGAGGCAGAAAGCCUGUUGUGAAAACUGAACCUGGGAAUUCUCAAGACAAGGAGACUGUUCCACUGAUACCUGUUGCUGAAAUCAAGAAGGAGCCUGUUGACGAAACAACUCCUAACUCUAGGUCCUCAAGUCCUAAGACGGCUGGCAGGAAACAAAGACUUACAUCAGAUAAAAUCAUGCUCAAGUCUGUUCUUGACUCACCCUCAAGCCUCUUGGGGUCCCGGACCAGCCCUUACUCCAUGCGCUCCGAGCGCAGCAAUAGCCCAUCUUUGAUUGAAAAUAAAAAUGUUAGAAGAGGAAAGCCAAGGAAUGUAAAAAGCAAACUUUUAAAUGAGGUUGUUAUGAAAGAACAGAAUAAGCGACGCAGGCUACUUUCUGAUUCAAAGACUAGCGAUACCACAGAUGCCUCGGAAGACUGCAAAAAACUGAAGCGAGGCCGCUCCUGCUCUCGCGAGGGCAGUGAGUUCUCCAAAUGUUCUGACAUCACUGAGUCGGAUGUUAGUCUGAGUGAGACACCCACAGACGCUGAUGGCAAGGAGCUCAAUAAAAAAUUAGAAAAGCCUAAGACUGAACUAGAUUUAGAUUUUGAAAAUAAUGUACAGAUCUCUAUUACAGAAAAAGUGCCUUCUCUCAUUGAUCCUAAAUUAACAGAUCCUGUAACGGAACCUAGCAGUAACACAAAUGAAAAGAGCAAGAAAAACACGAGCUUAAAAAGAAGUACUUCAUUAGACUCUGACAACAAUAAUAGUAAUAGGCUAAAGUUAGAAAAUUUAAAUUCAGCAGAAGACAAGAAAGGGAAGACUGAUAAAGACACGCUUCUGGACGCCCGUAGUAGUAUACUCAGUAGUAUGUCCAAGACUUUUAACACUAAGGAGGUAGCAAAGAAUUUAAGGAAAGCCAGACGAGGCCGAAAGGUGGCGGCGGCGGCAAGGCCACGUGUCGGCUUCCAGUCGGCCUCGCGACGAGCCUCGGCCGGCCAGGCUGACGAUACAGACAAAACGGAGACCCUCGAGACCCUGUCCAAGGAAAUCGACGAUCUCAUUAACAAUUUGGACCAAAACAUAGACCGCGACCACGAGAUGGCCAGCGAAACCGCAGAUGAGGUGCAGACCAAAUCUGUCUCCAAGUUUUAUGGCUUGUCUAAGCCACUCGGAGACAACAAUAGCAUCAUCACACCGGAGACACCUGUCAAAGAUAAAGAGACACCUUCCGUUACGACUGACAGCACACCGUCUAAGACUGAUGACAGUGAAAACAUAAGACUUCAUUAUGAGGAAGACUCCCUAGAAAAGGCAGCAGAUGCUAACAAACCAGAAAUCACCUAUAAAGUUAGCUCAGUCGCGAGCAUAGACAAACUCAUGGAUAGAUUGAAAGUGUUCGAAGAAUUUGACAAGAAAAGACAGAGGCAGGAGUCGGAAGUUAGAACGACUGACAGCAAAACAGUUAUGGUUACUAAUGACGUCGUUCUAAUAAACAAAUCGGGAGCAGACAUAAAGCAACUGAAAGACGUGCAAACUGUAAGAUCCCCUGAGAGACCCAUUGAAAAGGAAAAUGUACUGAGCUGCUUUGAAAAUAACUCUGCCAUAUCUAUAGUUAAAAGAGACCAAGUUAGAAAAUCUAUUGAUAUUGACUUACCUAACUCCGUAACUUUAAUCAAAAGGAAUAGUUUUAGUUCAAGGAAAGAAUCUACAAGCUCCAAUCAUUCAAAGGAAUCUGAUGCUAUCAGCAUUUUCGAGAAAUCACUGGGCAAAGAUGUGACGUUGACUGAAAUCAGGAAAUCUGUGGACAAAUCGGCCCCUGCUACACAGGUGGAUUUACACCAGUUUGCUACCCUGCAUCCUAACAAUCCCACAGCUAGUCUUAAGGGGGUUGUUUUAGAUACGAGUCAGAUAUCUAUAACGCCUCGUGUGUUGGACUCAAGUCUUCGUAGAUCGAGAGAAUCUCUAUCUCGAAAAACGUCAGAAUCAGCUAUAGAGCCAGAAGAGAAGAUGGCAGUUCUAGAGAAAAUAAAAUCACCUCCACAGAUUAAAUCGCCUCCUCCACAGAUAAAAUCACCACCACCGAUGCCGAUCGCAGUGGCACCGACGCCAAUUGCAGUGGCACCGACGCCAAUCGCAGUGGCACCGAAGCCAAUCGCAGUGGUACCAACGCCGAUUGCAGCGGCACCGACGCCAAUCGCAGUGGCACCGACGCCAAUCGCAGUGGCACCAACGCCUAUCGCAGUGGCACCGACGCCGAUCACAGUGGCACCGACGCCGAUCGCAGUGGCACCGACACCAAUCACAGUGGCACCAACGCCAAUUGCACUGGCACCGACGCCUGUAGCUGUCAAGUCUCCCGAAGUAAAACCUAUGGAGACUGAAGCCCUCGCGCCUCCUCUAGAAAACAUCAAAAUUGUUCCUGAAGACAUAUCUCUGGCCACUGAAAUCCCGAAAGUUGUUAGCGUUAUACCUGAGAAACCUGCGGAGAUUACUCCUAUUGAGCAGGCUGAGGCCACACAACGAGAGCCUGUAAAGCCUGGGCCAAUGGUUGAGGAAAUCCGCAAGGUAGAAAAAGUAAAAGAGAAAAUGGAAAUACCUGAAAAAACUAAAGAAGAAAAAAUGCAUAUUCCUGAAGAAGCUAAGGAAACGGAAAAUAAAACAGAGACGCCGGUUGAAACUAAACCGUCAGAAAGCAAGCUAUCUGAAUCCGCAGACCUCGCUAAACCGGGCAAGAGUCCCGGUAAAACAAGUAAAUCAGCGCGUAAUUCGACCGAAAGCCAACCGGGCCCCAGCACCAUGCUGCACGAAACGCCCGAAAGCCAAAAGCGUAAAGAAAAUGUACUUAGAACUCUUGGUUUAUUAACUCACAAAGCCGCUAAAGAGGCGAAAAUAGAGAAACUUAAAGAAAAACAGCGGAUUGCUAAUAUGAAUGUGAUGAAGAAGUCUAAACAAGGUUCUGGGGACUACACGGGGACGUUGAAGACGGUUAUAAAGCUGAAUAGGGGUGGAGCGGAGAGAGAUAAGAAGAAGUACAGGAGUUCGUUGAAGAUGACGUUCCAGAAGAGCAAGAACCGAGCCGGCAAGCCGGCGCCGGAGCCGGGAGACGCGGCGGCCGAGGAUGACGCCUACUACACCAUCGAACGACGAGAGGCCUUCGCCGGAGCGGGAUCAGAGGGUGGGCACAGAAAGUCUUACAGUAACCGCCUUAACCACGUGGAAGCUGAAGCAGCCCCAGAGCCAGAGCCGAAAGAGACCCUCAACCUGGUGAUCCCGGAGAAGGCCUCCUCGUUCAGCAUCCACCCGGGCCGGCUGUGCCAGGACCAGUGCUUCUACUGCGGGGGCAAGUUUGGCCUCUUCGACACGCCCUGCCAUAUCGCCCAGAUGAAGAGUACUGAGAGGCAGAAGAAAGUCUUGGACAACGAGGAGCGCCUGACCAUAGACAGCUGCCUGUGCGACGCGUGCUACCGGCACGUGGACCGGCGCGCCAACUGCCCGUCGUACCGCAAGCGCGCGCCCAAGCCGCCGGGGCAGCCUCCGCAGCCACAACAAGCAGAGAAACCACCAAGCCCGUCGGCGGAACCAUCGGAGUCGGACUCGGACGCGGCGCUCGGCGCGCGCUGCCACGCGGCGGGCUGCGGCGCGGCGGCCGCGCGCUCCAUCCGCCGCAAGUGGCUCAUCAAGAUGCGGGCUCCCGUCAGCAAGCUGUUGAAGCUGCAGAGCGACUACCCCGGGCUGCACACGCUGGGGCUGUGCGCGGCGCACCACGCGCUGCUGGCGCCGCUGCUGGCGUGCGCGCUGUGCCGCCGCCGCCUCACCAAGCACCAGCACGUGCACAUCCUGCAGCAGGGCCACGACGAGAUCAACCCGCUGCUGGCGGCGGCGGGGCUGCCCGCGCGGCUGGCCGACAAGCCCGUGCUGUGCAAGCUGUGCCGCUACUACACCACGCUGCUGCGCCGCCCCGCGCACAACCCCGCGCACGCCGCCCAGUACCGCCGCAGAUUACUUCAAGUGUACAACAUCGAAGUGCCGCCCGAAUCGGAAAAUGAAGGCGAAGACACUCAACUACAGCUGGACGAGAGCGCGCGGCGCAAGAAAGCGCGCUCCAAGAACAAGCGCAAGUCCUCCGACACCGAGCGCCCGCACUGCGGCUCGCCCGAGCGCGGCCACAGCCCCGACAAGGACAAGAACCAACCCAAGACACAACCCGAUGAAGAAGACAUCGAAAGCCUCAUAUCCUCCAACAAAAUCCUCGUCCCCAACGCCAAAGGCGCAGAACCCAUGCAGAGCGAUGGCUCCGACCCUGACGGCUUCGACAUGGACCCCGUCCUGGACAAACAGACCGAACUACAGAUCCUCCUACAGAAACAGAACAAUCCGGCACAGUUCAUUCACAACCAGACGAACUUAACGCAGAAGCAGAGAAACAUAUUGAAAGUCCACCAUCUUUCCGGACUACAGAAGCCCGGCUUACAACAGAGGAUAAAUGAUAAAAACGCUCGAAGACUACAUAAGUUAGGACAAAUGAUUGUAAAGCAAGACAAGAAGAAGGAUGACUUAGAAAUAUUUGAUCCGGAGAAAACUAAAGAUGUCGGCAUGAAGAAUUUGUCUAUUAAUGAGGAGUGCACUAUUGAGAGUAUAUCAAAUAAGAAGCCGGCGGACAUAAACACUUUGAAAAAUAAAUGGCAGCAGUCUGAAAGCUUCACCCAAGUUAAGAAAAAUCUGAGCGAGUUAUCAAAGAAACUGACAGUGGAAAAAGAUCCCAAACAGAAAUCUGAGGUUAAAUACUCCAAUCCAGUUAAAAGGCUCGAAACGAAUCCGUCUAUUUCGGUUCGAGAAUUGUUCCCAGGUGAGGAGGAGAUGAAUCUACAGUGCAACAUAGAGUUCGGGAACGUUAAAGGAGUAACACCCGAAGGCUGGGAGAAAUGCAGCACCACAAUACAGUACGAUGUUGAAACAAAGAAGCUAUGGAAUGAUCUCCAAAGACCGUACGGGAAUCAAUCGAGCUUCCUAAGACACUUAAUUCUUUUAGAGAAGUACUUCAGAAGCGGAGAUUUAGUCCUAGCGCAUAACGCUUCCGCAAACGCCGCGAAUUACAGCGAUUCAGUCCAAAGUAGACUCCGGGCGUACGAUAACGUCGUAAAUGACGCUCCCAGGAGAAGCGAGCCGGCUAUAAGUCUGAUAGAGUUCAGGAAGAAGCCAGCCGUGAACGGUAAGAGCUUGCUAAAAACCAAUCAGAGCACGGAGGAUAAGGAUCCUAAGAAGUUCAUGCCGCCGCCGCCGGCGCUGCCCAAACCUAAGCCGAAGGAGAAGAAAUCCAAGCCGCUGCCUCCGGAGUUGAUAGCAAUUAACACGCCUAACGCUCAAGGCAGGAAAGCGAUACAGAAUGUACUUCACAAUAUCCAGCAGUUAGUGAAGGGGGUGUCAGCGUCGGAUCCGACGGAAGUAGCGGCUUCGCCUGUGCCGGUGUCUCUCCCGGUGCCGGUGUCGUUGCCGGUGCCGGUGCCGUUGUCGGUGCCGGUGCCGGUGCCGGUGUCGGUGCCGGUGCCGGUGCUGGCCAGCACGCCGGACAAGAAGAAGGAGGACAAACCGCACACGCCGAAGAAGCAGAAAACUACGAGCAAGCCGUGGCGGCCGACGCUCAUGCCUAUUACGCCGGAAAACGUCGCUCGAGCGGCCCGCGAGCCAAUUCAAACGGCGGUCGACGGCCGUCGCCUACCCAGCCUCGUCAAAGUGAUGUCCUCCGGCAAGCAGUACCACAUCACGCUCCAGGACUACAACAAGAUGUGCGUCAUGCGCCGGGAGAAGCUCCAGCAGCUCGGCCACGACGAGAAACCUAAGAAACCUGAGGCGGAGACAGUAGUCACAGAAGUUCAGACUUCAGCGAUGCUCGGAAACGGGGGCACGGUAGUUCAAAACAUCACAGAAAACUCGGAGAAACUAGACAUAACGCACGGGUCGAACGCGGCGACCAUCCUAAAGAACGUCGGGUUGAAGAAUAUAACUAUAGCUCCGAUCACGCCUAAAACGGCCACAGUAACCUCCCAGACGUUCCCAGCACCAGUGGUUACUUCUCCGUCGAUACUGGUCACGUCGACGCCUCUAAAACUGCCUCAACUAGGCCCAGCUGUCUCGAUAACCAGCGAAGCCGUGCUCCCGAGCCUGCCUAUAAUAGCAUCAAGUCCGAUGAUAAUGCCAAAAAUCCCCAAGUCGUUAACUGUGAUACCGCAGUCGCUGAGCGUGAGCGCGCACGCGGCGCCGACGCCCGACACGCGCCCAUAACGAAGCCUCAUCUUCCUGCUCAUGUAGCGAGCACCCGCGGCCCAAGUGGCCGACAGUGGACUCGGUGAGUGACCAUGUUCAGUGAGAGCCGGCCGACAGUGGCCUCAGUGAGUGACAGUGUCUAGUGAGAGCCGGCCGAAAGUGGACUCUGUGAGUGACAGUGUCUAGUGAGAGCCGGCCGACAAUGGACUCGGUGAGUGACAGUCUCUAGUAAGAGCCGGCCGACAGGGGACUCGGUGAGUGACAGUGUUUAGUGAGAGCCGGACGACAGUGUCGCGGCCACACCGUGAAGCCUUAUAAUUAUACUGUGUACAUAUAGUUAAGUGGACUCGACGACGGUCGUGUUAAAUAUAUCAUAUUACUCUCGAUUAUUAGGCUUUGUUUUUAUUUGCGCAAAUGAUGCGAACCUUUAACCGAUUCCGGUUUCCUUCUAAAUGCUGAUUGACUAAUUUAUAAAUUGUAUACUGAAGUGUACAAAUAUGGGUCCACGCAACUUACUAAAAAAUAUGUCCCAUAACUCUUAAUUCACUGACAAAAGAGCUAUGGGACAUAUUUUUGAGCAACUUGUGUGAACCUAUAUUUUUACACUUGACUGUACUUACGAGAUAUCAGGGAUGUUGGAGUAGGAUAGAAUACUGAUUGUAAUGGAAUGUGAUGCCUCGAAGGCAAAAUGUCGCUUUCGGAGCGCAAAAUAUGAAAUAAACAAUUACUCUGUUGAAUUUUCUCUAGUAGUUACUAUAUUUUUAUAAGGAAAUUUGUCUCCUUUUGAUUGAUCCUAAAUCAUGUUGAAGCAUACGGAGCCUGACCGGUUAGUACACUAGAUGUAAAAAUGACAUUUAUAUUUAUUAUCAAUUGGUUGCAACUACAGGGUAAACGGCCAGCUACUGACCCUGAAAGUCAUAAUACUGACUUAAUUAAUUUUUAACAAGCAGACGAUGCUAUUAAGCUUAGAAUAAAUUUAAAAGUGGAAUAAUUACUGUCUUGGGUGAGACUUGAACUCAUAGCCUCUGGAUCCAGCUAUUAUUAUUUGUUAGUUAUUAUUUAUUUAUUCUAAGCUUAAUAGUUAGAUAAGAUUAAAUGUUCUUAAUUGAAAGAACAGGGUUCAAAAAGAUAAUUAUCAAUGAUAGUUAUCUUGAUAAUUAUCGUGAUUUUCAUCACGAUAAUUAUCAAAGACUAUAAUUAGAUAUCUGGAUAAUUUCUAACCCUGUGAAAGAGUGGUUACAGUAGGGCUGUUUACCCUACCUUAUUUAUUUGGAAGCCUACAAAAAGACUUAAAUUGUCUAGUCGGCUGGUAUUGCAUUUAUAAUUUAUUGCGGCCUCGUACUGGCCUCGCACUCGUAUCAUUUGCGCGACUAUGGACUGUAUGUAGCAUUACAAUAGUUCGAAUUUCACUGAAGCAUAUUUUUCCAUUGUUGUAAUAAAUCCUGUUUUAUGCAGACUAAUUCACAUGUAUUCAUAGCGUAGCGUAUAGCACUAAAAAUCUACCAAAAAAAAGUUAUGGUCCACGUAUUUAUGGUUUCAGUACAGUGUAUAAGGAAACUAUAUUUUAAAAUAAUGUUUUAUUUUUAUCGAAUUGCAUAUUUUUAAGGAUGACAAUCGUAAUUCAUUGGUCCGCUUAAUCAAUACAUAACCUAAUUUUAUAUUAGCUUACAAUUAAUUAACAGAUGUGUUAGAUACGGAGCAGUGCCUCGACCUGUAUAAUAGCAUCGCACUGUACAUAACCACUACACAGAAUGGAUAGUUCCGACAAUUUUUAUAUUAAAAGCUCGUGUUGAGAAUAAAAUUGUAUGUUAAAAAUACUUAUAUAUAUUGUUGAGAAUUAGUAGUACAUAUUUUAUUUUUGGUCCAAUGACGUAAAGGUCCAAUGUUAUCGAUUAAUGUUGUGUACGGAAGCGUCUGCCGAGGCGUCGGCGUCGAUCAAUAAAUGCUCAUGAUGAUAUUCUUGUACCCUCUGAUCUGAUUAUUUCACCUGGCACCUGACUGAUUUUCCUUCGGUUUGUUAAUGCAUGAUUAAAUGAUUACAACUAAGCUAUGGCACGUACCAAAAAUUCGAUUCAUUGAAAUAUGUAUCGUUAUUAAAACAUGCGAUUUUUUUAUAUAAAUGAAUUACAUAUAUGUCAUAUAAACCAAAAUUGGCCUCAACCUGUGCUAGACUAGAGAGCAGUUGAUCAAUGUUUCGUUAACGUUAACUCUAAUCCAAUUAAAACAUCGGUAUGGCAUUCCUAUAGUUUGUUUUAUAGCAUUAGAAGAAGAAGGUAAGCAAUGUUGACGUGUCUUUUAUUAAAAAACACUUGUGAAAAAUAAGUCACAGCAAAUAUGAGUAUACAGUAUGGGGUUCUUCAAAAAAGGAGUGUGCAGGUUUUCAAAGGGUCGGCAACGCCCACCCGCCUGGAGUUGCAGGCGUCCAUAGGCUGCGGUGACUGCUUACCAUCAGGCGGGCCGUAUGCCUGUUUGCCACCGACAUGGUAUAAAAAAAAAUGUAGGUAACAAAAUUAUAAAUCAUCACGAUUUUCAUUUUUGCUUUCAUAAGUAAUAUAAACUAUUUUUUUAAAGCGUUUUUUUAAUUUAAAAAAAACACGUCAAUAUUGUUUACCUUUCUUUUGAUGCUACAAUAGGUACAUUGAAGUUUAAUAACGAAUAUUGAACAUAAAUAAUUUAUUUCUUUUUGCGCUGAAAGUAAGAUUAUAGUUUUAAAAAUAUUAGACUAAACAUACAAACAAUACAUUAUUUAGAAUGUCUAUGCAUGAUAAACGUAAAGGUAAGGUUUUAAUUGUAUGAGUUGGCACUACAAAAUAAUUUCAUUCAUGAUUCAAAAAUCAACGGUAUUAAUUUUUCAUAUCGAAAUAUACCAAUAUAAUACUUUAUUACCAUUUCCGAUGCAUGUUGGUCUGUGGUCUGUGACGGAUUAAUCCGUCUUCGGCUUUGGUCCUACAGUGCGGAUAUAUCCGUCAUUGGCGUCAAAAUGUUUAAUUAAAAUCUAAGGGUUUUUAUUUCACAUUUUUAAGCGCUAACGUACUUAACGUAAAAGAUUUAGGUAUCUCUUUAAAAUGUAAUAAUAAAUAUAUUUUUUAUUAAUAUAGUGAUUCAAAAUAGUUUUCUUUUAAAUUUCCAUGGUCACGCAUCAUAUCAUAUCUUUCUAAAAUUGUGGGGCGCCAUACUUAUACUGGUUAUUUGAUUUUGGACGAUUUACGCAUCUUUACUAAUCCUGUCUAUAAAAAGGGAACAGUUUUUGCAUGUACUGCACUCCCUUUUUCUGAAUAAAAACUAUUUAAUAUAUAACAUUUGAAGAGUUUCCUCGAUUUCUCCAAGAUCCCAUCAUCAGACCCCGACUUGGUGCCAACGGGACCAUCCCGGGGUAUACCCGUUCGAUAAAAAAAAAAUUGAACAUCGGUUCACGAUUCUCGGAGAUAACAAGUAGGUAACAUACCUCCUUUUUUGAAGUCUGUUAAAAAUAAAGGUUAGAAUGAAAAUUACCCAAGGAUUUUUUAUGGUAUCGUCUGGGAUAAUGCAUUACCUCGCAACUAAGUCGAAAGAGUUCGAAAUUCAAAGAGUUCGCAAUUUCCCCAACGAUAUCCAUAUUCGGAUACCUCGAGAUAGUAUAAUCUCCAUGAGCCAUUAAUUUUCUUUCUAAAUUUCAAACAAAGACACCUCAACAGACGCAUUCCAUGUUAUGGAGCAAUUACAUAGUCCGGUCGUUUUAUGUGGGCAUGUUAACGGUCUUAGCAGCAUUUUUAAGCAGUAUUUUUCAACUGGAGGCCGCGACCCACUUCGUAAGUAAAUUUCUUCAAGUUAGGUACUUAUUUGUAGGUAAUGUAAUGAAUUCUCAUUCGCGGCAGCAUGACAAAAAUAUAUUUUUCUACGUGUUUCCUCGGCUACUGUUCCUCAACUCGCUAACGGAGCGGCAGCUGAAGUUCACUAUAUUUUAUGAUAAACGUGCUUUACGAGUUAUUGCCUGGAACUUGAUCAUAAAAAUAUGUACCCUACCACCGUUGACAAAGUUAAUAGAUCAUUCGUAAACCUUACGUGUUAAGGUCUAUUGGUGACUGGUAAUUCAAGUUUGUAGGUGGCUGUUAGCUCCUAUCAGUGUUUUUCAAACAUUCUUUCAUGCCACGACCCCCUAAAUUUCGAAUCCCACGUCCCGCCUAUAUAAGCUUUGACCCCACAGAUAAAAAUAGACAGGUCUAUCAGUUAGAUAAACUAUACAGAUUGGGCACAGUGAUACCCUGUUACUUUCAUACAAUUUAUAACCUAAAAUGCCAGGUGACAACGUUGCCAAAUUGUAUAAAAUUUAACUUAGAAAGAAUUCGAAAUUUAUAAUAACCGUGUCAAACAUCGCAAACGACCAGACUAAUGUAUUCGAGCCAUCAGUGAGCGAACUGAACGCUCGAGCGGCGGCGAGCGUCAAGCAAAGUGCACUCGCAUACUUUUGCAUAUGUUACAAAUGAACGCCGCCCGCCCCGCUCGAGCGUCCAGUCAGUUCGUACUACUAUAAGUAUUAGUAUUUGGAAGUUCCGACUACACGAUCCGUUGCUCAGGCCACCACGGACGUUCUUCCAAAGAUAUCGUGGUAGGUUAUCAUAUUUUGUUUAGUUUAUUUCGGCACUGCCGGAGGUAUGAAUUUGUCUAAUAAACAUAUCCUUAUCUCAUGAA